GUAUUAUUUAUAAUUUUAUAUUUUUUAAUAGUUAAGUAUAUUAUUGUAAUUUUUUAAAUUACUCUAGGGAAAAUGGCGACUGUCACUUUCUACCCUACUCCAAAAAUAAUGACAUAAAAAUGAAGCUGUUUUGUUCGUUGGCGUUUAAAAAAAUAUUUAUAAAUAAAAAUACUGUAACAAACUCAAACAAACUGACAUACUGACAUCUGCCCUUAUUAUUAAUUAUUAUUAUUACCAAUUAUCAGUUAGAAAAACAAUCAAGUGCUCCAAAAAACAGAAUAGAAAUUUAAAAAUACAAUAAGUUUAUUAAAAAUAAAAAUAGUUAUGUAAAGAGGUUAUCAAUAUCAAGUAUAAAAAAAAAAGAGCUAUUAAUUAGAACAAUAAUUUAAAAUGUCAGAAGAUCAUGAUGAAAAUCUUGAUGAUACAUUUCAAGAACCACGUAAAAAAUUUUGGCAGAGAUCAUCAAGAAAAAGACCAAAAAGUGAUGUAAUAAGUUUAAGCUCAAUGGACAUAUCACAUGAUUCAUCAAUGAUUAAAAAUAAAAAACGUAAAAGAAUAACUGAAUUUGCAACAAAUUUACUAUCAUCAACAUCAACAUUACAAAGAUCAUUUGGUUUAACAGCAAAUAAUUCAAUAUCAAUUAUUGAAGAUGACAAUGCUGGACCAAGUAAACGAACAAGAAGUAAUUGUGAAGCUGCUGGUACAUUAAAAAUUCGUAGUUGGCUAACAGAUAUUUAUAAUAACAUUGACAAUAAAUCACAAAAUAAUAAUGACAUAAGUAAAAUUGAAAUAAAAAAACAAGAAGCAAUAUAUGAAUUAUUUUGUGGUGAAAAUAUACUUUUAAAUGAUUUACAAAUAUUUAAAGAAUAUUAUUAUCAGCCACUUCAAUCGACAGAUAUAUUUACACAAAGUGAAUUACGUACUGUAUUUGGUGAUAUUGAUAUGCUUAUUCAUAUACACUGUAAACUUCGUGAUGAUUUAAUUGAAAUAAGAAAUUCAUCUGGUAUUACUGAUAACAUUGGAUCAACAUUAUUGGAUUGGUUACCAAUUUUAACACAACCAUAUAUUGAUCGUUGUCGUUCACAAAUAUUUGCACGACAUAUACUAGAUGAAAAAAAUUUACGUAAUAAAAAAUUUCAAGAAUUUAUUAAGAAAAAAAUGGAACAACCAAGAGCUGUUGAUUUAUGGACAUAUAUUGAUAUGCCAAGAAGUAGAAUUGUCAAGUAUCCAAUAUUAGUUAAUGAAAUAUUAAAAAGAACAAAUAAUGAUUGUGAAGAUUAUUUGAUACUUAAAGAUGCUAGUAUAAUAUUAACAAAGCUAUUGGAUAAAAUUAAUCAAUCAAUGGGAGAAGCUGAAUGUGAUUUAGCAAAAAUUAAAAUUAAUAUUAAAGAUAACAGCUAUGAUACUGAUGAAUGUAUUAAAAAUGCAACUCAGCUUAUUACUGAGGGACAACUAAAGGACUCAAAGGGUCUUAAAUUUUAUUGUUUUUUAUUUGAUACAUGUCUUGCAAUGACACGUAGAGUACCAAGAUCAAAAAAAAAAAUCUACAAUCUUAUUGAAAAUGUUAUUCCAAAUUGUCAAUUAAAUAUUGAUAAUAAUUAUGAUAAUAGUAAUUGUGAAUUAAAGCUAAAUGAACGUUUAUUUAUAUUAAGAGAUGAACAUGAUAAACGACAUUGGAUUGAUGCAUUUAAUAAAAUUAAUUGUCAAUCAAGUAUUAUUAAAAAAAAAAAAUCAAUUAAUAAUAACAAUGAAUUAUCACCAAUAACACGUAUUUUACGUAAUAAAAAAAUGAUUAAACGAGUUGUUCGUGAAAGACCAAUUUAAAGUAUUAAAAAAAAAAUUAAUACUUUUUUAUUUUUUUUAUUUAUAUAUACACAUGAUUAUUAACAAUGUAUAUUUUUACAUUUUUUUUUUUUAUAUAAAGAUUAAAAAACCAAUUAAAUGAUAUUUUAUAAAAAUCACA